AGUGUCACAGCAGUGUUUCUGUUUCUCAAAGGGGGAAGAGAAUAUUUGAGCUUUUGUCCGCAGCAACAUCCCUCUCUUUAAUGGUCUAUUUCUGUCAUAUAAAGCGAGAGGCGGUUAGUUAUUAGUUUAGUGUUAUAUUUAGGUGAUACCUCUUAAAAAAUGCUCCAGUCUCUAGCCAGUAAUUCGUGCGUGCGCUUGAUCCAGAGUCACAGAUCGACAUGGUACUUUGUCUCUCUGGUCCUGGGUUAUGUGCUUUAUCUCGUCUUCGGCGCUGUUGUCUUCUCCUCGGUGGAGCUGCCUUAUGAAGACCUGCUGCGACAGGAGCUGAGGGCCAUCAAGAAACAGUUCCUGCAGGAGAAUGAGUGUCUGUCCGAGGAGCGUCUGGAGAGGUUUCUGAAGAAAGCCCUGGAUGCCAGUAAUUAUGGGGUUUCCAUCCUCAACAACGCCUCUGCUAACUGGAACUGGGACUUCACCUCUGCACUGUUCUUUGCCAGCACCGUGCUGUCCACCACAGGAUAUGGUCACACAGCACCUCUGUCAGAUGGCGGGAAAGCCUUCUGCAUCAUCUACUCAGUGAUCGGCAUCCCCUUCACCCUCCUCUUCCUCACCGCCGUGGUGCAAAGGAUCAUGGUGUUCAGCACGCGGAGGCCGAUCAUGUACGUCUCCAGGCGCUGGGGCCUGUCCAAGCCACUGGUGGCCAUCGUUCAUGCCUCUCUGCUCACCACGUUGGCCGUCUCUUGCUUCUUCCUCAUCCCCGCCGCCAUCUUCUCAGCGCUGGAGGAGAACUGGAAUUUCCUGGAGUCCUUCUACUUCUGCUUCAUUUCCCUCAGCACCAUCGGCCUGGGUGACUACGUACCCGGAGAGGCCAUGAAUCAGAAGUUCAGGGCGCUCUACAAAGUUGGCAUCACCGUCUACCUGCUCCUGGGUCUGAUCGUCAUGCUGGUGGUGCUGGAGACCCUCUGCGAGCUGCAGCAGCUGAAGCAGCUGAGGAAGAUGUUCUACCUGAAGAAGGAUAAGCCGCAGGACCGCCUCGCCAUCCUGGAGCACGACCACCUGUCCUUCAAUACUGUGUCCAACAGAGCCACAGCUUACACGGAGGGCAAACCCCAUCCAUUUGUUAGCGUUUCUUCUCUGGCCUCUCCCAAUGAUGAUCCCAUGAUCCAGUAAAACAUCGACAGAGCAGUCGUCUAUUGAAGGAUGAAAAUAAGAAGCAAGGGGUUAAUGCACGCUUGACUAUACGUAGAUAGAAUGAGUAGAUUAUAAAUCUCAGCUGUAGGUAUUUUGCAAAGCUCAGCCCUGCAAACUUUAGUAGCAAAACUAGUUGAGACUAUUCCGGUCAAGCAAACAACCUCCUUUAUCAAACCACAAUAUAAUUACAAUAUAGUGCUAUGAAGGAUACAUUAAAUUUAUGCACAUUAAUAAGGGAGAAACAUUAACAGUGACUAUAAAGACAUAGUCUGCCUUCUGUUGUAUUUAUGGCUCACAGGAGAAAAGCUCAUUUAUGAGCUGUGCUAUUUAUUGCAUAUUUAGGAACACUUUAGAAAAGUAAUUGGUCUCUUAAAUCUAGCUGAAAUAUAGGACAAUUCUCUGUAGUCUGUCACAAAAUAGAACAUAAACAUGUACGUAUCUUAUAAAUAGAGAUGCUUGACAGGUAUGUGGAAUGUACAUAAUCAGGUAGAUGUUUUAAGUAUGUGUAGUAUAGCGCCAUCUAGAAUCAACACACCUAUUAAAGAUGAGCCAAACAAAACAUUAGAACAUUAGAACAACUCAUGUCAUCAUUUGAGUUCAGAAUUUUUGAUGCCGGAGACAGCUGUGAGCCGGAGGCAUUAUGUUUUCGGGUUAUCCGUCUGUCCGUCCAUCCGUUUCUCAUGAAAACGAUAUUUCAAGAAGUCCUGGAGGAAAUUUCUUCAAAUUUGGCACAAACGUCCGCUUGAACUCAAGGAUGAAUUAAUUAGAUUUUAGUGGUCAAAGGUCACUGUGACCUCACAAAACACUUUUUCGGCCAUAACUCAAGAAUUCAUGUGCUAAUUAUGACAAUUUCACACAGAUGUCUAACAGGAUAAAACGAUGAAGUGAUGACAUUUUGGACAGACAUGGAUGUAAGCUGCAACUUGACUGGUUGGAGGUUAAUUUACAAAUUUAGUUAAUGUACCAUGAUGUGCUUUUUUGGCAGUGCUUGUUGCAAACUAAUCAAAGUUUGUUAGUGGGUAAGUUCUCACAUGCUUAAUUGGAUUCUUUUCAGUUUGAUUGGCUCCUAUUGAUUUUUGAGUUUUUGAAAGUGUCAAGAGAGCUUGCCGUCGAUCCUAAACAAAGCAUCUGAAAAAAUAGACAAUACAUUUUAUGAACAAUAAAUAGUCUGAGCUCAGAUGAAUAUAUUUUUAAAAAUCGCCAAGAAGAAACCAUUUACUCUGCAUAUAAGAACGUAGUUACAGUGUGUGUUCUGUAGCACUUUUGGCUCAUCUUUAUGGAGGUGUAACUGUUCUCUUCAGACUUCACGUCGCACAUUUCAUAGUGAGGGAUAGUAUUUGUCUGCAGGUGUGUAUAUUUUCUCAACAUGUUGCAGCGCUAUUUCAAAAGUUGUCCACGUGUGAUGAUAAGCACUAUAAUUUAUUGAUUUGUCUUAAUGUGUGCUGGACUGAUUGAAAAGGGAAGCAGAGGCUAGCGUAACUUAAAAAGGGAACCACAGUGCUGCGUUGCAUUUUACUGUCAAUAAAGGGAGCUCAAGUUUGCACAUGUGCUGGAGCCGGGCAGUAAUACAGGAAAAAAAUCUCAGAAAAAAAAGGGACAUGGUUCCAAAGAUUUCAUCUGUAAAAACAGGGGAUAUUUUUAAUGGAGGAGUAAUUGUACUUUUGAUGUGGAUGAUCUGUAAAGGCUCAAUAAUUGCUCUUAGUGAGAAAAGGGCACGAUUUUGAACAGAAACUAUUUUGCUGUAUUUAAAUCAUUUGAAUGUAGAAAUGUAUAUUUUUGACACGAGGAAGGUUUACAACAUUUUAGUAGUAAUUAAUGAAAGUGAUUCUGUACCAAAAACGGUGCAUUAGGGAAACUUGAAAGUAUAAAUUCAACAGGAGUGCAGCUAAAAUAUCCCGGUUCUGAUUAUCUACCACAUCAGUUUCUAAUCUCCUCAUCAAGGAUAACUUUCCAUAAUUGGAAUUUAAACCAGUGGAUAUACACUUGCACAUUUGUAUGACAUUGACAUUGCACUCCUCUGAGUAUUUUUAAAAGAAUAUUUGUAUCUGGAGAAAAAAAUAUGUAACAGAAGCACUUAAUUUCAUGCCUUUAUCCGCCCUGUUAUACUCUGUUUGGCACAAAUAGACACCCACACGUACAGUGUAGCAUACUGCUGCAAAGCAGACUCAUUUGUUGUUUUUUAGUACAUUCAAUAGAAAGACAUGCAUUUGUUAUGAAUUUUAACUAUGUCUCAGUCUCUGUGUGGAGCUGAAGUUCUGACCUCAUCUUUCUCUGCUACAUCUCCACAUCAAGACACAGUCGCAGCCUUUUAUGAAGUCUUGAAUGUAACGUUUUUUAUAUGCCGUUUCCUCUGGUGAGAUUCGAGGCUGCUCUCUUUCUGGCUCUGUUAGUUUAGUGGUGACAAGUUGAUUUGAAACGGUGUGUACAGGAGAGCUGUGGCAAGGUGUCACGACCGCUUGCAAAAUUAGCUUUGAGUGUGUCAUCUUCUGAGUUACUCGCUGAUCUUUGAUAUUGUAUUUUAUAGAUCAGCGGGAUUGUGGUUGCCUUUGUGUAAACUGUGAACCGUUGAAACUACUCAUACUGUCUGCUGAGAAAAAGGAGAACUUGAAUUUUACCAAGCUGGGGUUUCUCUUUUACUGUAAGAUGUUUCACUGUUUUGUAGAUACAUUAAAUAGAUUGAUGUCAAGGCUUUUUACCCUUCAGCGUUACUGUUUCCGGCAGUGUUCGUCACGCACAUGCAGUUUGUCUUGAGGGUGAUGACUGUCAGGUAAAGUAGUUCUGUUCGGGGAGUAAACAUUGUGUCAAGGAUUACAUAUGAAAGCACACUGACAUUAUUUAUUCAUGCUGACAAUGUUUGGAAAAUUUGGAAACCCAAAUUUCUGUACACAUCUCUUCAGUUGUUGUGGUGCAUACUGUAGAUUCAUAUACACAGGUGACUAUUGCAACAUUGUGAUACAGGAUUGCCAUGGAGCACCGAGGAUUUCUGUAAAAUUCAUUUUAGCAUACGAAGUGAAUCCAUGAACUGUAAAAUGUGUCUUAAAUAAAGUGUUAGUUUGUUAUUACUUAA